AAUUACACCAACUGAGAACAUCAGCAAGGACUUUCCAAGCACUUUCAUUUGUGUUGCAGACUGAGCCGUCCCACAUUUGAAGUGGGGGUGUUGUGGGGAAGCCACGUGUACAGGAACUGGAAUCUGACAGCUUGCCUGACUGGAACCAUCGCAGGUCUGUUAGGAAAUCCAUCUAACAUUAGCCAGCUAGCACAUCGCACAUUUCCAAAGUCGUUUGGACUUCCUCACUGCGUCGUUUUUUAGUCGUCUUGCCUGACAGGAAGUCAUGGCUGUUUGGAGAAAAUUGUGGCGCAGAAACCUCCUGGCUGUGUCUCUGCUUCUCUAUGUCCUGCUCCACAUCAUGGAUGCACGGCCAGCUAACAUGUCAGCCUCUAAAGAUAAGACUCCACCGAGCAAGGACGAGAACGAGAUUCUUCCCCCAGACCACCUGAAUGGAGUGAAGAUGGAGAUGGAUGGCCACCUCAAUAAGGACUUCCAUCAGGAGGUAUUCCUGGGUAAAGAGAUGGAGGAGUUUGAUGAGGACUCGGAGCCAAGGAGGAACAGGAAGAAGCUUAUCGACAUUUUCACCAAAGUUGACAUCAACAAGGAUAGGAGCGUUAGUGCCAAGGAGAUGCAGCGCUGGAUUAUGGAGAAGACGGAUGAGCACUUUCAGGAAGCCAUGGUGGAGAACAAGAACAGUUUCCGUGCUGUUGACCCAGACGGUGACGGUCACGUGACAUGGGAUGAAUACAGAGUCAAAUUCCUGGCCAGUAAAGGUUUCAAUGAAAAGGAAAUUGCUGAGAAAAUAAAGAAUAAUGAAGAUCUGAAACUGGACGAGGAAACUCAGGAGGUUUUAGAAAGCCUGAAGGACCGCUGGUUUCAGGCUGACAACCCCCCAGCUGACCAGCUGCUGAAUGAGCAGGAGUUCCUGUCUUUCCUUCAUCCUGAGCACAGCAGAGGCAUGCUCAAAUACAUGGUCAAGGAGAUUGUGCGCGACUUAGACCAGGAUGGCGAUAAGAAACUGACACUUUCGGAGUUUAUCUCUUUGCCCGUGGGCACCGUGGAGAACCAGCAGGCUCAAGACAUCGAUGACGACUGGGUUCGAGAGAGGAAGAAGGAGUUUGAAGAAGUCAUUGAUUCAGACCGUGACGGAAUUGUAACCAUGGAGGAACUGGAGGAGUACAUGGACCCGAUGAAUGAGCACAACGCUCUGAACGAGGCCAAGCAGAUGAUUGCCGUUGCAGAUGAAAACCAGAAUCACAAUUUGGAGCUGGACGAGAUUCUCAAGUAUAGCGAAUACUUCACGGGCAGCAAGCUCAUGGAUUACGCCAGAAAUGUUCACGAGGAGUUCUGAAGAAACAUACAUCCUUCCCACUCUCAUCCUAAAUCUGCUUCAGGGACAAGCCUUUGGGGGGGGGGGGGGGCAAUAAGAGGAUGAUCUAGUGUGCAAUGUUAUGUUUAAAAGCCUAGCCUCAACAGCCUCUUUCACCGCUGUCUAAAAUGAAUACAUCCUCCCUUCUGCCCGGUCUGUCUGGCAGCUAUCAAUGUUAACAAGGUCUGCCUUCUAUGUGCCAUUGAACUGUAUGAACUUUUAAAUGUUGGGCUUUCACGUAAAUUCGAGGUGCAGCACCAACUCCAAAUUUGUGUUAUAUUGUGAAAUGUGUGUAUAUGAGGAAUUUUAACCCUGACUAGAUAUUCCAUUCCUGGCGCAGUGGUGAGAGAGACUGCACAGCUAGGCGAGCUAUUUGUUCUGCAGGAUCUCUUGUUUUUAGCUGCCGAGUCUGUAUACAGUGUAAAUAUUCAUUUUCACACACCAGUGCUUCUGUCAGAGAGACAAGCUGAAAACAAUUAAUAUAAUGAUGCUGAAAGGAACAACCUUUGUAGAGAUAUUAUAAACAGAGUUUAUUGGUGACACACAAAAUACUUAUCUAAAUUCAAAAGGUGAUUUGUCAUUAUUGAUGUACAUUUCCACUAGUUUCCAUAUUAGAUAGUAUCCGUCCUUCUACUUAUAAACAGGGUAUUGAUUGUGUAAAAAUAAAUAGAAGUAUAACUUUUAAAAACUGCCUCAGUAAUGUUCAGUAAUCCUACUUUCAUUAAUAAUUUAUUGUUGGAGUAAUAAAAAGAGAUUGUGCUUGAAUGAAAGAAUGUGCCUAUUUCAAAGCAGCCAUUUUGACUUGCUGACAGGAAAGCACAGGUGUCGCUGAUAACAUUAACGAUAUUAACACGAUUAGUUUCACCUGUGUGUGUCAGGUCAAACGGUCUCUUGCGGUAAAGGCCUAUUGUUUUGUUCUUGACUAAAAACAAUUUAAUUCAUGCUCUUGUUUGUAUGGUGGAUACAGAUGAAUUUAUUUAUUUGACCAAUAUAAUUUGGAUCAGCUGCAUAUUUGAACAUCACAGAGGUGUGUACUUAUUUUUGCUUCAUUGCUGUACAACAAGCUGCUCUUACAGUAGGAGACUGGUCUUUGUUUCCUUGUCUUGGCUAACAAAGGAUGGAUAGUUCAUUCUUCAUCGUGUCAAAUCUGUUGCAUGCAUGGACAAACAACAGCAUUACAUUCCUCCAUUUUGUUAAGUUUUUGAAGAACCUGUGGUGUGUUCAGAUCCUGCUAACCAGCAUCUGUCUUCGGGUCCUGUGUGGAUUGUAAAAUAAGAUUUAUGAAAACCGAAUGUGACGCAGCUUUAUAAAAUAUAUUGCAAAUAAACUGGUAAACAAUAAAUAUUUCUUAUCAAUGAAAA